GGUUGUUGUUUUAUCGAAUUUUUGAACACUUAGUAUGAUUUCAAUCAUAAACUUAGUUUAUUAGGUUUGAAUUGAAUUAAAUGUGUUAAAAACUAAAAUAUUGCAAUCAACAUGAUUUCACAUAAAUUCGUAUUAAAUCGUGCAUGUCCAAUAUUAAUUCAAUGUGCCCAAGCUCACCGUAAACCACGAUGGUUCCCUGUUGCUAAAAGCAAAAUAUACCGAAUUCCAAAACGUCCUCAGUUAUCAGAGGAGGAGCGGUUGGAGAUUCUGAGGAUAACUAAUAAUUAUAAGACCCAGAUGCGUGCAGUAAGGAAGUUUUACACUGAUGAUAUGGUUAAGGAAAAAUCAACCUUAGAAAGUGCUACUUCAGAGAUGUCCCAACGUUUGGAGGCAGAGGAGUGGCAGCGAUGUGAAGAACUUAAUGAGAAAUGGAAUAAGCAGAUUGCGACAGAACGUGAGGAGAGAAGGAAGAAGGAAUUGUCUGAGAUGGAAGACUUUGCUCUCGCUCGAAUGGAGGCAAUAGACAGGGAGAAGCGCGAGCGUGUUGAAAAAGCUUCUGAACAAAUUAAACGUGAAAAGGAGUUAAGUGAAACAUUUAUAUCUCGAGAGAAAUUGGAAGAAGCUAUUGACUAUGCACUUGCUAACCCUGUGGACUACAACUAUGCUAUUGAUUUAAAGGGAAAUAUGCACACAGGGAGAGAUACGCCUAUUCAAUAUGAAAAUAAGGAAAGAGUACAAGUAUCAUCUAAGUAGAAAGGUUUAGAGGAUAGAUCAAAGUAUAGUAAAGUGUAAAUAAAUGGAACAAUACAUAUAUAAAUACAUUUUUGUAAUAUUAAAUAGGUUAUAAAUUU